AUGUCUUCUUCAUCAUUUUCCCCUCAUCAUUCCUUGCCCUUUCCUGAUACCGGUUCUUCUGCUACAUCAGAAGCCUGGAUAUCCGGUGACGUCAACACACCCGCUAUUGUUCAUGAUCAAGCACCCCACUUGCAUGCACAUGACGUGUUGGGUAUCGACCAGCUGUUUUCAAUUCCACUAUGGAUGUUACCUACACCAGAAGAUUAUUCAAUUGUCUAUGAUGUGAUCUAUGCGGUUCGUCAUUUCUACAUACCAGACGAGCCUUCGAAUGCUGGUCUCAUAUCGCAAAUGCUACAUGCGCACUAUGCACAGUGGUCUGAAUUGGGUAAUAUCCCUCUGGAAACAACAGCGACAGGAAUAACAGCACCCGCAUCAUUGCUGUCAACGUCAUCAUCACCUUCGCGACCGCAAGAUCGUGUGCAUUCUCUACCCACAACCACACCAGAAGACCUUGAACGUUGUAUUGUCACUCUCGUAGCCCAGCUUGUCAGCCAAUCCUGCAUACAUCAAGGUGGCCUUGAGAAUAUCGACCUCGUAUCCCAAGUGAUACGCUGGGCUGUCAGCCGUGUUGCCGAUGACGAUUUUUUUCGUGAAUAUUACUUUAAUCUUACCAUCCAACAGCUAUACCCUCAUUCUACUUCAUCGUAUCAUACCACUUCACCAGCAGCAGCAGAGAUAGCAACACCCGCACCACCACUAUCAGCUCCAUCACCAUCGCCACAACCACAGGAGACAGUGCACUCCCCAGCCACAGCUAACGAAGUAUCCAGCCGAUAUGGCAGCGGCUCCUUUGGGCGAUGCACGGAUACUGUGUUUCAGACUUGGAUGGUGUCUCGAAAUGGGAAACUACCCAUGGCAACAUACCUUGAAACAGUAGCUAUUAGUGAAGAGAUGUCAUUUACGGGCUUGUCAUGGCAACGCUUGCGUAGCCAAGGCAACUUGACGAGCGACGACUUCGAUCGCGUAUUCGCAUGUCUACGCAAUAGUGGUGAUCAAGACAAUACGAUUGCGCCAUUGCAAAAGCCUACAGUCGAACAGCUUAGGAAUGAGCUCGAACUAGAAUUCUUGACGCCUGAACGCACGUUCCCAACAUCGUGGCUCGCCAAGUGUCAAGAACAUUGGCAUGAAUCAGCGGAUUUCCCAUCAUUUGCAAAUGCACAGCUAUCAAAACCACAUACGGCCAUACAAGUAGCAAGACGAGGAUAUGAUGGUGAUAUACGUGGUUACCGAGAAUCCAUCAUCCAAGAUGCCAAUCUCAGCGCCUCCAAUUCCACCAGCUUCAGUCGUCCCUUUGGUGCCACUCGCGAUUUUGUGAGAGGAAAUGCUGUCCAGUAUCCAUUCGCACCUGGUGGUCUUGAAGCCGAAGUUGUGGAUGAAGAGAUUGAGGAAAUCAACAUUGAUCUCGACUUUUUGCAGGAUGAUUUGCCAGCUGUGGCUCCUGGAUUGGAUAGAGGAUUGGUGUUUGAAGGCGAUGAUCAAGCACAAAUCAAGGAACCAUCAUCAUCAUCAUCAACUGCUACUCCUUCUGUAUUCAACUUGGAUGAUGUCCUCAAGCCUUCUGAGACCUUUGACUUUUUGGAUGUGAAGACAACCGAGAAAGUGGAUACAACACCUACAACAGAACCUACGACUCAACAAGAUGCUGCUGAAAAGGAAGAAGUGGAUGAACUCUUACCACAACAAGCACCUCGUCCAGCUGUGGAAUCAAUGCCCAAGCUCAAGACUGUCAAUGAAACGCAUCGUCGUCGUGAAUGGGCACAUGAGAUCAACGUUAACCAGCCGUUUGACAACUUUCAUGACCUGGUGCCUGAAAUGGCAAAGGAGUUUUCAUUUGAACUUGAUCCAUUCCAGAAGCAUGCCGUGUAUCAUUUGGAAAUGGGUGAUUCGGUCUUUGUUGCAGCUCACACCUCGGCUGGUAAAACGGUUGUCGCUGAUUACGCUAUCGCAUUAGCUUCCAAACACAUGACCAAAGCUAUCUACACCUCGCCCAUCAAAGCUUUAUCGAAUCAAAAGUUCCGCGACUUUAAGCACACCUUUGGUGAUGAUGUUGGUAUCCUUACAGGCGAUGUUCAAAUUCGACCUGAAGCCAGCUGUUUGGUUAUGACUACUGAGAUUCUACGAAGCAUGUUGUAUCGUGGUGCCGAUUUGAUUCGUGAUGUGGAGUUUGUCAUUUUCGAUGAAGUUCACUAUGUCAACGAUAUUGAGCGUGGUGUUGUAUGGGAAGAGGUGAUCAUUAUGCUUCCAGCCCACGUCAACAUUAUUUUGCUGUCUGCGACCGUACCCAAUACUCGAGAAUUUGCGGACUGGGUGGGACGUACAAAGAAGAAAGACAUUUACGUCAUUAGCACGCUCAAGCGUCCAGUGCCCCUCGAACAUCAUCUAUAUGCUGGCAAGGACUUGUUCAAAAUUGUUGGUGCAAAUGAAAAGAAACUCAACGGCACAGCCUACAAGCAAGCAAGUGACGCUAUCACCAAGCGUAAAGAACAACAAGAAAAGACUGCUGCUGCUACUCGUGGAGGACGUGGAGGACGUGGUGGUGCAGUUGCUCGAGGAUCUCAUAAGCCUAUUGGACGUAGUUAUCAAGCUGUCAUGCAAACGGAUCGCAACUUGUUUGUUCACUUGAUCGGCCUUUUGAACAAGAAGCAAUUGUUACCUGUGGUCAUUUUCACCUUUUCCAAGAAGCGUUGCGAGGAAUAUGCAAGCAGCUUAUCCAAAACCGACUUGUGUACCAGCUUGGAAAAGAGCGAGAUCCAUGUAUUUAUUGAAAGAAGCUUGGUUCGAUUACGUGGUACCGACAAGGAGCUGCCACAAAUCCUACGCAUGCGUGAACUACUUUGUCGAGGUAUUGCGGUGCAUCAUGGUGGCCUGUUGCCUAUCAUCAAAGAAAUCGUUGAAAUCUUGUUCGCACGAGGCUUGGUCAAGGUUUUAUUUGCUACCGAAACAUUUGCUAUGGGCGUCAACAUGCCUGCUCGUAGUGUUGUCUUUUCAGGUUUAAGGAAGCAUGAUGGUCGUGGAUUCAGAGAUCUUUUACCUGGUGAAUAUACCCAAAUGUCGGGUCGUGCAGGACGACGUGGUCUCGAUAGCACUGGUAUGGUGAUUAUUGCUUGUAGUGGUGAUGAGCCCCCUGAAGCAGCAAGACUUUCAACCAUGAUCCUUGGUCGACCUACCAAACUCGAGUCGCAAUUCCGUUUGACGUACAAUAUGAUUCUCAAUCUUUUACGUGUCGAGGCGCUCAAGGUCGAGGAAAUGAUUAAGCGCAGCUUUUCCGAGAAUAGCACCCAAAAGUUGCUCCCAGAUACGAAGCGUCUUGUGGAUGAAAACGAGCAACGCAAAUUGGCGCUACGACAACUUGAUUGUACGAUUUGUGGACCUGAUUUGGAGCAAUUCUACGACGUGUGUGGUGAAGUGAUCACCUUGAACCGCAACAUGAUGCUGCAAUACAUUUCAAAAUCGCCCGCUGGUAAUCGUGCCUUGACAGCUGGUCGCAUCGUUAUUGUCAACAACAAUGUUUAUCGAAAUACCCCUGCUGUCAUUCUCAAACCAGUACCUGUAUCCACUGCUGCUGCUGCAACUACCCAAAAGACAUUCUAUUGCUUGUUGUUGGUACCCAAGGAUCUUGAUACAAAAAUGCAAGGAUCAGAUGAGAUCGCACCUUUACCAGUGACCAUGUUGAAUGUGCCUGAAAGUACAGAAAGCAAGACUGAAGUUGUCUCUAUUGGCGUAUCAGACUUUUUGAUGGUGUCCAAAUCGAGCAUCAAGUUGGAUGUGGAUGCUGUUAUGACAGGACGAGAUGCAAUGGAGCUAACACGCGUGAAACAAGAGCUGGAGAAGGCUGCUGAAGAUACUCAGAAGUCUACUCUUCUUGAAUAUGAUUGGCAAAAGAUUAAGGAUAUCGAGUUCCAAGAAAUGUUGCGUAACAAGGUGGCGCACAUGAAACGACUACGUACGGAUUUCCAAUGCACCAAAUGCCCUGAUCUUAACGAGCAUUAUGCAUUGGUACAUGCUCACAAGAGGAUCUCGAGCCAAAUUGAUAUGCUCAAGCUUACGAUUUCGGAUCAAAACCUUGAAUUGUUGCCAGACUAUCAUCAACGUAUCGAAGUUCUCAGGCAGAUGCACUAUAUUGAUGAGCAGGGUACAGUGCAGCUCAAGGGUCGUGUUGCAUGCGAGAUCAACUCGGCGGAUGAAUUAUUGCUUACUGAAUUGGUGCUUGACAAUGUGUUUGCCGACUACGAGCCAGCUGAAGUGGUGGCCAUUUUAUCUGCAUUUGUGUUCCAGGAGCGCAAUGCAAGUGAGCCACGCCUUACACCCAAACUUACCAAGGCCAAGGAGACUGUUCUCACAUAUGCACGCAAGGUGGCUCAAGUACAGGUGGACUGUGGUCUGCCAUUGUCGAUUGAAGAUUAUGUCAACAGCUUGCACUUUGGUCUAGUCGAGGUCGUCUAUGAAUGGGCACGUGGAUUGCCUUUCAAACACAUCACAGAUUUGACGGACGUUCUGGAAGGAUCCAUUGUUCGUUGUAUUAGUCGCUUGGAUGAAACUACACGUGAAGUGAUGAGUGCGGCACGUAUGGUUGGUGACACCAGCCUGUACAAAAAGAUGGAAGAGGCUGAACAAGAAAUCAAGCGUGAUAUUGUCUUUGCUGCAAGCUUGUACUUUUAG